CGGGACCGCCCCGCCAUGGGGACGCCGGGCGCCGGACGCAAGCGGCUGCCGAACCGGGAGCGCCUGACGGCGGAGGACGAUGCGCUCAACCAGAUCGCCCGCGAGGCUGAAGCCAGACUCGCGGCGAAGCGAGCGGCGCGGGCGGAGGCGCGGGAGAUCCGCAUGAAGGAGCUGGAGAGGCAGCAGAAGGAGAUCUAUCAGGUGCAGAAGAAAUAUUAUGGGCUGGAUACUAAGUGGGGAGACAUCGAGCAAUGGAUGGAAGACAGUGAGCGUUAUUCCCGUAGAGCCCGAAGAAAUGCCUCGGCUUCGGAUGAAGAUGAGCGCAUGUCAGUGGGUAGCCGUGGAAGCCUGAGGUCUCAUUUGGAUUAUGCCAGCACCUACCCAGUGGCUGGAUUAGAGAGUGAGAGGACCAAAAAGAAGAGCUACUCCAAAGCAACCAAUGGUUAUGAGGAAGACGUGUAUGGAUCAUCCCAGAGUAGAAAAUCUAGCAGGGCUUCCUACUACUCUGACCUGGGUCUCCCCAACAGCAGCUAUGCUUCCACAGCUCAACUUUCUUCCCAAAAUGGAAAUUGGCCCUCCCUGCUGUACAGCGAUGCCCUGCCAGCCAGGAGUUACAGGGCGUCGGUGUACGACGAGAGCGUUUACAGCGGGAGCCGGCGCUAUAGUGCCCCCAGUUCCCGCGCUCCCUCUGAGUACAGCUGCUACCUUGGGUCGGGAUCCCGGGCGUCCUCCAGAGCCAGCUCUGCUCGGGCCAGUCCAGUGAUUGAGGAAAGGCCAGAAAAAGACUUUGAGAAGGGAGCACGAACUGUCUCAAGUUUGUCAGCAGCUACCUUGGCCUCUCUGGGAGGCACUUCUUCACGGAGGGGCAGUGGGGACACGUCCAUCUCAGCUGACACAGAGGCUUCCAUCAGGGAAAUCAAGGACAUCUAUGAGCUAAAGGACCAGAUUCAGGAUGUAGAAGGCAAAUACAUGCAGGGGCUGAAAGAGCUGAAGGACUCUCUGGCUGAAGUUGAGGAGAAAUACAAGAAGGCUAUGGUGUCAAAUGCUCAGCUGGACAACGAGAAAACCAAUUUCAUGUACCAAGUGGACACCCUGAAGGAUGCACUCCUAGAGUUAGAGGAGCAGCUGGCAGAAUCCAGGAGGCAAUAUGAAGAGAAAAGUAAAGAAUUUGAGAGGGAGAAGCACGCUCAUAGCAUAUUGCAGUUUCAGUUCAUGGAAAUCAAAGAGGCUUUGAAGCAGAGAGAAGAAAUGCUUGCAGAAAUCCAACAGCUGCAACAGAAACAGCAGAGCUAUGUCAGGGAAAUUUCUGAUCUCCAGGAGACAAUAGAGUGGAAAGACAAAAAAAUAGGGGCACUAGAGAGGCAGAAAGAUUUCUUUGAUUCCAUAAGGAGUGAGCGGGAUGACCUUAGAGACGAAGUGCUUGUGCUGAAGGAGCAACUGAAGAAACAUGGAAUAAUCCCAGACUCUGAUGUAGCCACCAACGGGGACACAUCAGACAUUCUGGAUAACGAAGGACACUUGGAUUCUCCCCGAAGUGCCCCAGGCACCACUCAGGCAUUAAAGACAGGAGGGGAGGGCAUGCUAGGCAAAGCCAAGGAAGUGGAGAUGAAAAAUGAGAUUUUGGAGGAUGUGGGGAAAAGAGAAAUCUUGCAGAAUUCUGAGCAUGAGGAACACAAAGAGGAAUCUGAGGAGGAAGUACAGACAUUGCAUGCUGCUGAAAAUGCAAAGGCAGAACAAAUGGUUGAAGAACGGGACGCCCUGCCAGCAGUGAUGGUACCAGAGAGUAGGUUUGCAGAGCAAGCCCAAAGCCUCCCAGAACCUGUGUCAGGGAGCACUUCUUCAAACAGUGACAGUGACACAGAUGGCUUGAGAAAGGUCACAGAGCCCAGGGGCACAGCAGCCCAGCAGCCUGAGAGUACACAGGCUGAACACCAUGACUUGAGUGCAAGGACAAAUGAGAACCUGGAGCUGGGCUCUCUGCAAGGCCACCCGAUUUUUGAGACUCCUCAGGAAAUGUUCUGUGACUCAGGCACAGAGCAGCAGCUGGGAGAAGCUGCACCCAGCCAGGAAGAACAAGAGGAUCUUGAAACCAGCCAUGCCCUGAGUGAUGAUGAAAUGGAUGAAGGGUCUGACAGUACAAGUGAGGGCAGUGAGUUGGUUUCUAACCAGGCAGGGCUACCUGAGGGAGCAGUGGCAGGCUUGCUUAGGGAAGAGGGAAAUGUGGAGAGUUCCACUCCAGAGGAACCCCAGCGCUCAGAAGAAAGUGCUGAAAACAAGGUUGCAAAUGUCUUGGAGGAAAAGUUUGUUGACUGCACUGAUGGGAGAAGUGAUAAAACAGCAGGUGACAGAGCUGAAGAAGAAGAUGAGGUUGGGAACACAGUUCAGGGUCAGCCGAGGGAAGAUGAGUCUGUGGGUUUGGAGGGGACAGAGCCAUGUGAAAGGGAUGUCCCAGCAGAGCCACUUGGAAAGGAAGGUAGAGAACAUCAGGCAUUGAUCCAGCCAGAUUCUUCACAGGACAGUGCUUCAGCAUCCCCAGAGGAACCAGGUACACAAGGUAAAACUGAAGAUGAAACUGCUACAGCUGAGAAGGAUGGACAGAAGGAAGAGCUGAUGGAAGAGCUGGAGGAGUGUUCAGGUUCUGCUGGAACAGACAAGCAAGGUGUGGUGUCUGUGGAGGCAGGAGGCUCCAUUCCUGAGGGAAAGGGAGGUGAGCUGCAGCAGGCACAGCCAGGAACAGAGGUUGGGGGAGAGGUGGUCACUCAGGAAACCCAUUCAGACCCGAGUCUUUUAGAUGAUAAAGUUAAGGAGUCAGAAUUGGAAACAGGAGAUGAGGCUGGCGAAGGACAGGAAAGUAGGACAGAAUGGGUAGAAGAUCUGAAUCCAAAGGCAGAGGUUCAAACAAGUUGGGGUAGUGAAGAAACAGCAGAAGGUACAGAGGGAGAGAAAAAUGUUCCUUUAGAGGGUGAAGAGCAGAAGGUGGUUAAACAAGUAGAAGGUGAAUCUAAAGAGGAGUCAGAUGUAGGUGUUACUAUAACUACUGAAAACAAAGCCAGUAAAGAAACACUGAAAGAAAAUGAGCGAGAGCUUGCAGACCACCCUGGUGGGGAAUCUGCUUCUGAGGAAGGUGCAAAUGAUGCCCUGGAACAGAAACCUGUGCAGGAUGAAAAGAUUAGUGAACAAGUUAAAUUGGAGGAAGGUGCAAAUAAUUCCCUGCCCCAGAAAGUUGUGCAGGAUGAAAAGAUUAGUGAACAAGUUAAAUUGGAGGAAGGUGUAAAUGAUUCCCUAGAACAGAAACCUGUGCAGGAUGAAAACAUUGGUGAACAGGUUAAGUUGGAGGAAGGGACAGAUAAUUCCCUGGCACAGAAACUUGUGCAGAAUGAAAACAUUAGUGAACAAGUUAAACUGGAGGAAGGUGUAAUUACCUCCCUGGAACAGAAGCCUUUGCAGGAUGAAAACAUUAAUGAACAGGUUAAAUUGGAGGAAGGAGUAAAUAAUUCCCUGCCCCAGAAAGCUGUGCAGGAUGAAAACAUUGGUGAACAAGUAAAACUGGAGGAAGGUGCAAAUAAUUCCCUGCCCCAGAAAGCUGUGCAGGAUGAAAAGAUUAGUGAACAAGUUAAACUGGAGGAAGGUACAAAUGAUUCCCUGGAACAGAAAGCUGUGCAGGAUGAAAAUAUUAGUGAACAAGUUAAACUGGAGGAAGGUGCAAAUGAUGCCCUGGAACAGAAACCUGUGCAGGAUGAAAACAUUGGUGAACAAGUAAAACUGGAGGAAGGUGUAAUUACUUCCCUGCCCCAGAAAGCUGUGCAGGAUGAAAACAUUAGUGAACAAGUUAAAUUGGAGGAAGGUGCAAAUGUUUCCCUGGCACAGAAGCCUGUGCAGGAUGAAGACAUUAGUGAACAAGUAAAAGUGCAGGAAGGUGCAAAUAAUUCCCUGCCACAGAAACCCGUGCAGGAUGAAAACAUUAGUGAACAAGUAAAACUGGAGGAAGGUGCAAAUGAUUCCCUGGCACAGAAUCCUGUGCUGGAUGACAUUAGUGAACAAGUGAAAUUGGAGGAAGAUGUAAGCAAUUCCCUGCCACAGAAACCUGUGCUGGAUGACAUUAGUGAACAAGUGAAAAUGGAGGACCAAGCAGAGGAAAGCCUGGAAGAUGAUGGUGAUGCAUUUGAUUUUGAUGAAGAGUCAAAUCAAAUACUAGAAUCUGAUGGAAAAUGUGAUGGAGAGAAAGCUGAUGCACAGGGAGAAGAGGGUGAUGGAGCAAAUGGUGCUGUUGGAAAAACUGCCCACACAGACAAAGCUGGAGAGGGAAGAGACAAAAUGGAAACCAAAGAUGCCUUGACCAAAGGUGGUGAAGCCCUGCAGCGUAAGAAAGAUGAGCCUGAAGAAACAGGAUGCUUGCAAGGGGAAGCACUGGGGAAAGCUGAUGAGGAGGAAGAUGAAAUCAAAGUAUCAGAUUCUAGUAAAGUGGGAAAAUUCCAGGAUCGAGAUGUUUUGGAACAGGAUUUGGAAAGUGCUUUCAUUAAGAGGGCUGAAAGCAGGGAGGAUCUGCAGGUUGGUAAAAGGAGUAAGGGCAGAUCCAGAGAUGACUGUACAAUCUCCUGAGUUCAGAAUCUCAAACCUGCACGAGUUCCAUGCCCUGUGAGCAGUCCCAGGACACAAACAUGCACUUUGCACAAGACAUCAGACCUUGGAAUACUCUGAGAGCUUUGUCUUUGUAGGUGACUCAGCAUAAAGCACGGAUGUGGUAACGAUGCAAGUUUUAAGUUAUUCACUGUUGUACCCAGCCACAAGAAAUUGUGAGUGGGUUUAGUUUUGCUGUGUCUCAGGUUGAAAGCUUAUCACCUGAUGAGGAAGCUUCACAACUUGACUAUUGAAACUAUUUUAUGCAAUUAAAGUACCUCUAGUGUGGAUAGCUGCUCCUGGGGAAUUUCUAUAGGAAUUUUUUAUUAUUCUAGCCUAGUUGAUCAAUAUCAUGAAUGUACAUUGGGCCUUUGUGAACUUAUGCACAUUAUGCUUACUUGUACUUAGAUCUACAGCAAGUAUAUGAACUCUUGAUGAAGGAACUCAGCAGAUCAGCCAUCACUGAUGGUGAAACUUCUUUCAGAAUGCUUAAAGCCUAUGAACCAAUCUCUUAAUUUUUUUUUAAUAUGAAGAAAAAAAAGAUCAUUUCAUUCCACCUUGUGUGUAUUUCUUAUAUGGUCACAUUCCAAAAUAUAGUUAGAUCACUGUGAAUCUGCUUAAUCUGAGCACUUUGGAAGAGCAAUACACAGUUUGGAGAAAGUACAAGGAGCAGAUCUUAGUUUGAUGAAAGGAAUAAAUAUCUACAUGUUUACUUCAUUUAGGCACUUUGCACCACAAUAGGCCUUUUACACCAUGUCUCACAUGGGGUUUUUAUUUUUUUCCAGAGAAAGUGUCAAUACACACUGUAAUGUGUGCUUAGGUUUGCUAUCAAGUACUGUCUAGAUAUGAAUAUAUAAAAAAUAUCUAUUUUUCCAAGAAGAUUUUUGUUUAAAAUUGCAUUUGCUUACUGCAUUAUAUAUAUAUAUUUUUUUUUGCAAACUCUGAUUCUGAAAGAAUGUUUUUAUCUCUGAAACAAAUCAUAUCUCUUUCCUUCUGGAAAGAAGAUAACUUUGCACGUCUUAACUCUUGCUGGAUAUCAGACCAAAGAUGACUGUUGUUUUGUGUACUAGCCCCCCUGUGCCUUUUGGAAAAGCUGGGUUGCUUUGAAUUGCUGGCAUAAAUUAAACUCUUGGAUUCCCUUGCUGUAUUUCCUCUUGCAUCUCUGCUAGUGCUUGGGAGGAAGAGCAUGUUUUGCAUGUAUAAAUAUUCAUUUAUGUGUUAAGCAAUGAAUGUCCCAAGGGAAUGCAGAUCGAGGGGGGUGUGGGCUAUGGAAGGUUUUAUUUGUGUUGAUGUUACAAAGUUGUCAGAGCACAGACAGACUGCAAAAUUUGAACAUGUAUAUCCAAAUGUACUGCUGUAUAUAAUUUAAAUAAACAUAUUUUAUACUUUAAA